CUCCAUAAGUCUGAAGAUAUGAAAGAGCACCCGUUUAGAAACAAAUCAAAAUUCAAAGCUGAAGAUAAAGCUAUCAACAUCAUCAACAAACAAAUGGAUUCUAAAGCUAUUUUUCUCAUAUUCAUCUCACUAUUUCUUAUAUGUAUGGUAUUAGAGAGCAUAUCUAAAGCCGAAGCACAAGUAAAGUAUCAUAGCUGCUCGACGGUAAAUGAUUGCCAAGAUAUUCAUUGUUUGAUUGCAGCAGUCAAAUGUGUAGACUUGCUAUGUCAGUGUCCACCGAUAUCACAACUCUCAUGCAGAAAGAGCUUUAGCCUAAAACCAGCAGAAACACCAUUACCGUGCAAGACAGCAAGUGAUUGUGAAGAUAAGCUCACUUGUGUUUUGGAAAAGUUUGUCUGUAAAAAUUCUCAAUGUCAAUGCUUGGUUGAAUAG